UUUAUCUAUGGUUUUCUUUCUGAAUGUGAACGACGAAUCCAACUAAUCCAGUUUCGUUUCAUUUCAUUUCUUGUAAACAAUUUGUUGUAAUUUAAUUUAUAAUUCAUAUGACUUUAAUAAUUGCUGAUGUGUACCGGAAAGUAAAUAUUAUAUUUUAAUAAAAUGAGUUCAAAGAAAGGAAAGCGUAAUUUAGGCAAUAAGCAUUUUCCCAUAGCAGAGUCAGUGAGCAUAGCUCUGAAGAUCCAGCUCGAUAAGUUUCUUAGUGAUGAAAAUGAGACUGAGCUGAAGUUCCCUACCUUCCUCUCUGCCCAGGAACGUGGCUUUAUACACGAGACUGUCGCCAAAUUGGGACUAAAAUCUAAGUCACGCGGAAAAGGUGUGAACCGCUACCUGACAAUAUAUAAGCGGAUAGGCUCUACAAUAAUCCAGAAUGAUGCCAAACUCAUUUUGGACUCCAACAUGCGAUGCAGUAUUGCGGAAUUAUCAAAUGCUUUCCCUAUCACCAAUAAAGAAAAGGAUGACCUCAGUUGUUGCCCUGAAAAAGAAAGGAGCCCCCAACUGGCUCACAAGACUCUUGGGCAGCUCAAUAAUGGAGUAGCACAGGUGCCAAACACUACAUACAACCCAGAUUUGGUAAAGUUCAGAGAAAAACUACCUAUAUAUGAACAGAGACAAGAACUUAUAAAUGCAAUCACUCAUAAUCAGGUGAUAAUAGUAGCGGGUGCGACCGGCUGCGGUAAGACCACACAGCUGCCUCAACUGGUGUUGGACUACUGCCAGGAGCACAAGCAACCCGCACGGAUAUACUGCACUCAACCCAGGAGGAUAUCUGCUGUCUCUGUCGCUGAGAGGGUAGCGUACGAACGAAUAGAAAAGAUCGGCCAAUCCAUCGGCUAUCAGAUCCGACUGGAGUCAAGAGUGAGUCCGCGAACUGUGCUGACAUACUGCACCAAUGGUGUUCUAUUGCGCACACUUAUGCAGGGGGAUUCUGCUCUUACUGGUGUGACGCACGUGUUCGUAGACGAAGUGCACGAGCGGGACAAAUUCAGCGACUUCCUUCUGAUCGCGUUACGUGACGCUCUGCCGCGGCUGAAGGACCUCAAGCUGAUUCUCAUGUCCGCCACUAUGGACACCCAGAUAUUCUCCAGAUAUUUCAACAACUGCCCCGUGAUGACGAUCCCCGGUCGUCUACACGAAGUCCAGAGAUAUUACCUGGAGGAUAUAUUGAAGAUGACACAAUAUAGGACUAAAAGAAUGACCCAGGUGGAACACGAACUGAGGGCGAAGCUCAAACAGGGGAACAGCUAUUGGUCGCAACUUGAAGGUCAAAAAAAAGAGGAAUCCGCCCCCGGCAGCAGCAAAGACAAGGAGGAAUCGGAAGACGUGAUGGACCAGGCGCUACAGGCCGACAUGGAUGAAUUCCUUGAGGAAUGCUUCCGCGAAGGCAGUCUGGACUCGUUUUGUCAAAUCCUCUAUAUGUAUCUAUCGGAGGGGGUGCCUGUGAACUGCGCGGCGCGGGGUUCGCGGCGCACCGGCCUCAUGGCCGCGGCGGCGCACAACCUGCCCGACACCGCCAAGCAGAUGCUGCACAUCGGUGCUGACCCGGCCUGUAAAGACAAAGAUGGCAAAACAGCGUACGACUACGCCAUCGAGAAAGGACACACCGAAUGCGCCAAACUACUAGCGACGUACAACCACGCCGAGGAAACCAAGGAGAACACAGACGAAGCUAACGCCGCAGAUGCCUUCCUUCUCGACGUCUACCAUCACGCAGUCUCUGAAGAGCUUAUCGACCAUGAUUUGAUGCUGGCGCUGAUCAAACAUAUACACGUCAAUCUACCCAAAGGCAGCAUACUAGUAUUCCUACCAGGAUACGAUGAUAUAGUCACGCUGAGAGACCUCAUACAAGGCUGCACUGAAAUGAAUACGUCCAAGUACCAGAUAUUCACUUUGCAUAGCAACAUGCAGACUCUGGAUCAGAAGAAAGUGUUCAAUCCGUUGCCUAACGCAAGAAAGAUAAUUAUAUCAACGAAUAUAGCGGAGACUUCGAUCACCAUUGAUGAUGUAGUGUAUGUAGUUGAUUCAUGUAAAGUGAAGGAGAAGUAUUAUGAAUCUAGCGGGGGAGUCUGUUCACUUCAAUGUGUGUGGACCUCUAGGGCUGCGUGUCAACAGAGGGCGGGGCGUGCGGGGAGGACAAAGCCUGGGCAUUGCUUCCACAUGUGCUCCCGGAGGAGGUUGGCGGCCCUGCCCGCCGCCGCACAGCCGGAGAUAUUACGCGUUCCGUUACAAGAGCUGUGCCUUCAUACGAAACUGUUAGCGCCCGCCAAUACUCCCAUAGCAGACUUCUUAUCGAAAGCGUUGGAACCUCCGUCAUUUUUAGCUGUGCGUAAUGCUGUUUCGUUACUGAAAACUAUCGGCGCUCUAACGCCAAUGGAGGACUUGACGGAAAUCGGACAACAUCUGUUAGAUUUGACAGUGGAGCCGAAACUCGGGAAGAUGUUGUUGUAUGCGUGCGUAAUGAAAUGCCUCGAUCCGAUUCUGACUAUCGUCUGCAGUUUGGCCAACAAAGAGCCCUUCCAGAUAUCGAUGAAUCCAGAGAACAGAAAGAGAGGCAGCGCGGCCCGGAAGGAGUUCGCCGCGGACAGUUACUCCGACCACAUGGCGCUGCUGCGCGCCUUCCAGGCCUGGCAAACCGCGCGGGCCAACGGCGCAGAACGCGCCUUCUGCGCUAAAAACCUCAUCUGUGGCGCCACCAUGGAGAUGAUCGUCGGCUAUCGCUCGCAGUUGUUGGCGCAACUCCGCGCUCUCGGCUUGGUCAAAGCUCGCGGCUCGGGAGACAUCAAAGACGUGAAUUUGAACUCGGAAAAGUGGCACGUGGUGAAGGCGGUGCUCGUGAGCGGACUCUACCCGUCGGUGGCGAGGGUAGAUCGAGAUUCGGGCACGCUGCGGACGUCUAAAGAAGUGCGAGUCGCCUUCCAUCCGAGUUCGACGCUGCACCGCGGCGGCAGCGCGGCGGCUUCGGCCAAAUCGGUUCAAGCGUUACCCACGGACUGGGUCGUUUUCGAAGAAAUAUCUCGCGCCGGGCGUUUCUGCUUCGUGCGAUGUAAUACUCUAGUCACCCCGUUGACGGUGGCGUUAUUCGGUGGUCCGUUGAGGCUGCCGGCGGGGGCGCUAACGCAGCGAGCGAACCCGCCCGGAUUGUCCAGCGACUCCGAUAGCGAGGCGGAUGAGAGAAACUCUUCCCCGGACGCGGCGGUCCUGGCGUUGGACGACUGGACGGCCUUCACGGCGGACGCUUCAGACGCUAUAAGCGUUUAUUAUCUGCGUCAGAAACUAUGUGCGUUAGUCGUCCGCCGCAUGUCGAACCCGGCCAAACCUAUGACGCCGCUCGACGAGCAAAUACUCAGUACUGCCGUCCACGUGCUAGGCGCGGAGGAAAAGAACGUUGGUCUGAAUCAGCCGAGCGGUAUCGGCCAGAGACCGAAGCCGUUGACGGUGGAUUCACCCAACUGGCGCAUGCGCGUGGAUGAGGAGCAAAGACACGAGAAUAAAUAUUACCAGCAGUACGCGCAAAGUGAAUAUCCCGGGAAUGCGUUUUAUCAGAACGCGUAUGGGUAUAGGAACGGGCAAGUGAGGCAAGGCCAGUGGAGGGGGGACGGACAAAGUUUUUCCCCUCAGUAUCAGGGACCGAAGAGCCCAAUGUCUCCGGGAGGGAAGGCGUUGUUAGCGAACAUAGAGAAGUACGCGGAGGGAGAGGCUGCGGUGCGGUACGUGGUGGCCAAGGUCGACGACCUCGCGACGCUGGACGCCGCGCAGAGAACUAAUAGUUUCCCCUUCUCCCCCACUACGGCUAAGAAAUUGCAGAAGUUCAAACAGGAGGGCAGCCAAGUGGUGGUGUUCUUCUCGUGCGCGGCGCUGUCCAAGUUCGCGGGCGCGGCCGCGGUCAUCGACCCCGCGCUCGCGCUGGACUGGCUCGCCGCGCAGCAUCUGCCCUUCCAGGCUGUUAGGAACUCUGUAGCGUACGGCGCCCGCACGGUGGGCGCCCGCGACGGCACCGAGCUGUGCGCCGCCGCCGGCUCCGCCCUGCACCAGGCCAUGCACAAGCGCCGUCCGCACACACACACACACACGCACUCACACACUCACACACACACGCACCACCCGCAGCACACACACAGCGCACACAGCUCGCAUUCACACCCCAGGCCAAUACAGAAGCAUCAAGGACAAGGCGAACAGUAAAGGCUCGUUCGAAUUUACGAUGUACACUUGUUUAUUAAAAUGUUACUGCUAAACUAUGUCUUGUUUCUGUCUGUCAAUGUCAAAUAUUGUCAAGUGUGAUAGAAAACAUAUUUUAGCUUAAAGUGUGUUUUAACUUUUAUAAGGAAUAUACAUCUCUUGCAUGACUAGAAAGGGCAGAAAGAAAAAAAAUCCAGAAAGGACUAGAAGGGUAUUAAAGUAAAUAACAGAAGGAAUUUUGUAUAUUUCUUCUGUAUAAAUGCAUCUUUCUAUCACGUAACAGAUUCCAUCGUAUGUUCCAUUUAAGUUUAGACAAUAUGGAUAUACUUGUCGAUGUGCCUCUGAAAAUAUGAAUUAUGUGAGAAGGGAAAAUAAACCAAAAUUCCGGUUUAAUUAUGUACUUACCAAAAUGUUUGUAAUAAAGACUGAAACUGAAAAGUACAUACACUAUCUUUCUGUUGAUGAUUCCAAUGGGGUAUAAAAGUAGAUAAUAAUAUUAGUACAGUUCUUUCCUUCCCUUUUCAAUUUUGGAUUGUUUUUUAUCGAAUUGUUAUAGCCAGUUGUUGAAAUUCUAGAUAUUUCUGAUGAUGGUCACCUGCUUCUUAGUUAAUCCAUUUUUCAAUAAUUUGGAUAAUUAUUUACCAUUAAUACACUCCUAAAAACAAAAAGUCCUAAACAAGCGCGGAUAUAAAAAUAAAUCAAUAAAAUGUUUUUAUUUUACAGUCAUACAUUUUUUGUUACCCCAAUUGAAUAUGCAAGAAAAUAUUAGACAGCUAUAGCAUGUUAACAUCUAUACUCAUGCAGUGACAAUGUUUUUAAAGUUUUAAUACAUUUUACAUAUUUGUUACAUAGAUAAAAAUAAAUAAUUAUUGUAAUAGUAUUAAAUUUUAAUAGUAUUAUAUCUUCACACUUAGUAACUAACAAAUAAAAAUAAAGGGUGUUGUAUACGUUUGUACGAAUAUUGUCGAUUGUAUGAUUAAAAGUGGCUUCAAUGUUUGUGUCAUGAUGCAUCGAUAACUAUUGAUUAAAUAAUUUAAACCAAUGAAAUAUUCGCCUCAACAGUAUUUACCGUAUAUAAGAAAUGAAGAGUUUUGUAAGACGCAUUAUUAUGCGUGCUUUCCUUACAAGGAAAAUUAACUGUGCAAUAUAUUUUAUUAGGACGAUAGUACAUAAGUACCUACUUAUAAGACUUGUCCGCACAAAACGAAACUAAUGGACCUAUAUCAAGACUUUCGUUUUCAAUUCGUUAAUUGAUAAAUUUAUAGUAUGAUUGUUAUUUCAAUAAAAAAAAAACGAACCAAAUAUAAUAAAGCAUAUCUGCUAGUUGAACACGCACUCAUUUUUGCUUUUUUUCAGUCAUUAAAAUUUUUCUGGAGAGGAAGGCGGUGUAGAUAAAAAGAAAAUGACUGAUAAAUACAUGUUUUAAAUGUUAUGUCAGUUAUUGUACGUAGUCAUUGCCUUAAAUGAAACGUCCAUUGACCCUCCACCAUGAGAUAUAUGUAGGACUGGUAUAUCUCGGAUGAAAGAUAAAGAUAAUUGACCACAGGCCAGUUUGAGAUGGAGGAAUUCCAUGAAAUUUCCCGGUCCAUCUCAUACAGAGCGACAGUUUGUGCCAUGUAUAACGGCACAUAGUCAGGGACAAAAACACUCUGUCCCGUAUUUUCUCUCGUGUAUAAUUAAUAUGCAUUUCUUUCUUGUAUGAGCAAGAAGAAAGAUAUGAAAGUCUCGGAUACAGUGUGUAUAGGAUCGAGUGUAAAAUUUAUAGAAUGUGUGCAUUACAUAUUAUACUUCGCUGAUAUAUAUCUCCACUGGAUGAAGCCUUUUACUUAGCACAUUUUUUUUUUCUUUUUCAUAAAAUUAAUACAUGUAUUUGCUUCCAGGAGUUGCCCAUUUGUUAAUUUUUUUUUAUCCCCAAUUUUAAUGUUCACGUCUUUUACAUUAAGGUUUUUGUGUGAUAUAGCGUAGCAUUGUUUGCGAAUUUAAUCUACAAAAGUAGAAUUUGUUUUGUAUAAAGUAUAUUGAACGUUUUAUUUUUUAAACUUUUGUUUGCUCAUUAUUUUAUUAUCUGCAAUGAAAUAAACUAUUUGGUUGUACUUAACCAGUUUGUGAUUAGUACGUGUUUAGUAUAACUAGCCAAUUAUCUUAUACAGAUAAAAUAUUUUGCAUGUUGUAAAUAUGCAUUUAUUUUGCAUAAGAAAAAAGUGAAGAAGUCAAAAGUAUGUGACACAUUUUAAACAGAGACUGUGUUUCAUUUAAUAAAAUAAUAAACACGU